AUGGAGGGCUUUAUGAAGAACUGGCUGCGAAGACCGUAUAAUGCAAAAGAAAUAGAUAAGGAAAAAAAUAUUCACGACCCUGGGGCCAAAUCGACUACGGCAGAAACGACUGAUGCAACAGUAUCAGUGACUGAUGCUGAUGCGAGUAAUAGUUUGGCUUCGGAAUCAGAAAGUGGAAGCGUGGAUGAGGCUGUGGUUGUCCUUAAUACAAUUACUCAAAAAAGAAUAAAAUCCAAAAAAGGUGAAAUUAAUGCUGUUUAUAUUCCGCCUGAUGUUGACGAGCUUACAGACGAAGAAAAUAUUGAUGAGGACUUGUUAGUGAACGAAAACGGCUUUGUAGGUGGGGAUAUAGCGGGUAGUUUUGAAAUUCACAUAAAUGACGACGAUUUUUACGAUUCCUCUGACAAUGAAACUAUAGACAAAAAGAGACAAAAUUGUUAG